ACCUGUGGAGGCCACUGGUUCAAAGAAUCUACGCCCCAUGUCGUCUUCUUCCUCUCUCAUCCAUGGCACAUACCCCCUUUAUCGAACUAGGGGUCCCUCGCUCCAUUCUCCUCCUCUUCCUAUAUAAUAAGGAGCCAUACGCUUCCCUUCCCUUCCUUAGCCCCUCCGAUCUCCUCUUCAUCGCUGCUGCCUUCUCUUUGUCUCUAUCCGAUGGGAGGAGAAGCGGUAGCUACAGUAUCUGCCGAAGACUCGGCGAUGGACGCCAUCCAGAGACGGCUAAUGUUCGAGGACGAGUGUAUUUUGGUGGAUGAGCAUGACAAUGUUGUUGGUCAUGAGUCCAAAUACAACUGCCAUUUGAUGGAAAAGAUUGAAAAGGAAAAUUUGCUUCAUAGGGCCUUCAGCGUUUUCCUGUUCAACUCAAAGUAUGAGCUGCUGCUUCAGCAAAGAUCUGCCACAAAGGUCACUUUUCCUUUAGUAUGGACAAACACCUGCUGCAGUCAUCCCCUUUAUCGCGAAUCAGAGCUCAUACAGGAGAACUUCCUUGGGGUUAGAAACGCCUCUCAGAGGAAGUUGCUUGAUGAACUUGGCAUUCCCCCUGAAGACCUUCCUGUAGAUGAGUUCAUUCCUGUAGGUCGAAUGCUUUAUAAGGCUCCUUCAGAUGGCAAAUGGGGGGAGCAUGAACUUGAUUAUCUGCUGUUCAUUGUUCGUGACGUCAAGGUGAAUCCAAAUCCAGAAGAAGUCGCCGACGUUAUGUACGUCGACAAGGACAAGCUCAAGGAGCUGUUGAGGAAAGCUGAUGCCGGCGAAGAUCGUAUAAAACUCUCUCCUUGGUUCAGACUGGUCGUCGACAAUUUCUUGAUGGAAUGGUGGGAUCAUGUGGAGAAAGGUACUUUGCAUGAGGCUGCUAACAUGAAAGCUAUUCAUAAGCUCACAUGAAAAUUUUCCAGGUAUUUUUCUGAUGGCUGCUAGUAGUACAAUCUCUACUACCUGCCAAUCUUAGGUUUCAUUUGGAAAAAAAAAUUAUAUUAAAAAACUGCUUUAUAAAACAGUAAAAAAGCCGUUCCAAACGAAGCCUUAAUCUGCUCUAUAUGGUGGACUCCUUUUUUGUGAACAAGCACAUGCAUGUUGCUAGGUAAGUGUUUGUUGUAUCUGGAAUUGUUGACUUGCUUUUAGUGCUUGUUCUCAUUGGCUUAUUUUUAUUAAUUUUAUUAUGUUAUUCUUCUUUGA